UCCUCAGGAGAAGGAGAUGCAGGGUACAGAAACUGGGAUACGGAUGCAAAGUACAACCAGAAUAAUGGCAAUUACUGUGUUGGGAUGCGAGACAACAGUUGUUGGAAUAAUGUUGAUUGUUCAUAUAACAGUAUGACGGGGUAUUUCAUCUGUUAUACUGCUCCCACCUAUGAAGACGGAAUAAAUGCUACCUGGAACUUCACCUGGAUUAACCAACAUAGGAAUUGGUCUGAUGCUCAGAGCUACUGCAGAUACAAUUACACAGACCUGGCCACUGUGAGGAAUAAAGAAGAUAAUGACUUGAUACAUAAAAUUGUUCCAAGUCAAACUUGGGCAUGGAUUGGGUUGUUCCAGGACACAUGGGAAUGGUCAGACCUGUCAAACUCCUCAUUCCGUAACUGGAAAAAUGGCCGAAAUGAUAAUGUGGGUAACGCAUGUGCUUUAGCUCAGGUCACCUGGCCUGGGACAUGGGAUGUGACUCCCUGUGAUGAAAAGCAUCCAUUCAUAUGCUAUGAUGAUAACCUGAUCUUGGUAAAUAGUAGCAUGACCUGGAAUAAAGCCCUGAAUUACUGCAGAACGCACCAUUCGGACCUGGUGUCUGUCCACAAUGAGGAGAUCCAGUACUGGGUCAGUAGGAGAGCUAAGAAGGCCUCCACUGAUCAUGUCUGGCUGGGGCUGCGCUUCUCCUGCUCCCUGAACUUCUGGUUCUGGGUCAGUGCAGAAAACGUCUGCUACCAGAAGUGGGCCCCAAACAACAUAUCCAAGAGUAACUUGUGUGGAACCACAGGGGCAGUACAAUCCAAAGACCCACAUUACUGGGUCAGUCUGCCUGAGACUAAUGAGCUCAACUUCAUCUGCUCCAAAUGUCCAAGUCAGGCUGAUCCAUGAACACAUUACCUGCAGAACUUUGAAAAUGUGUCAAUGUAUGGAUGAAGUUUUCGCUUUUUUUAUGUGUUCAUACUGUAGAAGUAGGAUUGAAACCCCUUCUCUUGAUCUUCACCACUCCAGAUUCAGAAUGAUAUACUGUAUGAGUAGAAGAGUGAUUUAGUGUUUUUAUUCAGAUGUUUUCCUUUUGCAUAAUUUAGAGGAACUGUCAUCUCUUGUUAUUGUUACACUAAGAGUAGAAAUUAUAUAUUAGGAAUGGUAAGAUUCACCAGUUUCCAUC